AUGCUGGCUAUGCCCGGGGAUCUAUCCGAUCGGAUGAAUCGAACAGAGGUCGCCCGGACGGAACAAGCCAGCAAGGACCAAAAGGGGUCACCGGUGUCAAUUUUCGGCUCGGCGUUGAAAAUGGGAUCGGGGAUGAGCCUUCAGGCUCUGAAACAUACCCCUCCUCCCAAGAAGUCCCCAAACGUGUCACCAGCGACGUACUUCAUGGCAAGGCGUCAAGCGAAUGUUGGUCGACGACCGGCAGACCAUGUUGCAUUAGAUCUCAACAUGGGGCCGUGUCCUGAACCCGUACACCACAGACAGGAAGCGCAUGCGGGGUACAUUCCCGGGUGGAGGUAUUCCAAACAGGAUGUACGGCCAUCCUGGAUUACAAGUAGCGGGCAUGCCGGACGCGCAACAUCGAAAGUUGGCGCUGCAACCCCUUUGACGGCAAGGGACUCUACCACGGACUUGGUAGUGGGUUCCUAG